AUUCAGUACCAAAAAGUCUAAAAAAAUCCCUAAAACUGGGGGGAAAUCCCUACGUUGGCAACUCUGCGUCUACAUCGAUAAAAACGUACAGGCGGCAAACGUCAAAUUACGAAUUACAAAAAUGAAUUGCCACCAAGUAGAACCUCCAAAAACAGAGAAAAUAUUGGACCACGACUGGAGGCAUUGCCCUUAUAUUCUUAUUAGAAAAGCGUUGAGGAUUUUAGAUGCAACGAUACCGCAGAGAAACGAUGGAAGGGUUAUCGAUAUUUUGGAGGAGUAUAUGAAAGCGACAGGGCCGGCUUACUGGCUGAAAGAUUUACCACCGUUGAUGAGAGUUUUGGAAAUUUUAUCGGUUAAACAUUUAGAAAAACCGACCUAUUUCGCCAUGUUGGAAAAAAUGUUGGAGUUGUGCAAAGUUCCCCCCACUGUAGCCAAAUUCUCGGAAGCUAUAGAUUAUUUUAGGGAUUUAGAGGAAUAUUUUUCAUUUUUAGGUUACAGGCUUUUGAAGCAGGACUGCUUGAAUAAUAUUUUGGUGAGGUUGGAACCUACCUGGAAAGAGAGGUUUCCUUUUACGGAACCUCCCAUACCUAGAGGUGAUAGUACCAUACAGCAUUACGAGAAUAUAUCUGGUGUAACCUGGAUAUUUUUUAAGUAUUUGUCAAAAAACGAGCAUCAUGUUAUUAAAACGCCCAAACAGUAUACUUUGUGGUAA